AUGGGGAUGAACACAAGUUUAAUGAGAGGAAAAGGAUUGUCAACCUCCCAGGUGUUGAGUUUGGUGAUGAAUAAACUAUAUAAACAAUUUGUUGAGAAAGAUACCAAGGAGUUUGGAGCAUUCCAUGUUGCUAUUCUUGAUACCUUCAAUACAAUGAACGUGGCUGUACCGGGGAAGCAUUAUGAUGCCCCGUCGUAUAAGGAUGUAAAGGAAGUUUUCAAACGUUGGAAAGAGUCUGAUGAAGAAGACCGAGAGGAGAUGUUCAUAGACUUCAUGAAUAAGAAUGUGAAUCUCAACAAAGUAGAUGAAUCUAUGAUAAUCACCGCAAUAGUUGCACCACCAGCAGCCAUGGUGGCUAAAAGAACCGGACAAACAACACUGCCUCAGUUGAAAUUUAUGAAUGCCAUUCCUGAUGCUGUCUUUGUUCCUUCGGCUACUGUUUUGGCUCUCAUUGCUGUCAAACUCCUAAGGUUAAUGUUCAAAGAAAACAACACAACAUCAAAGGCCGCAACAGGAUCACAUGAAACUACUACGUCAGAACAUUCACAACAAGACAUACAAAAAACUGCAUCAGAACAUUCACAACAAGACAUACAAAAAACUGGAUCAAAUCAUUCACAACAAAAAACUGCAUCAGAUUAUUCACAACAAGACAUACCGAAAAUUGCAUCAGAACAUUCACAACAAGACAUACAAAAAACUGCAUCAGAAUCCAAUGCAACACAAGAGAUGAUAAAAGCUGCAUCUGAUGCACAUCAACUCACCCCCAAGGGCAAUUACUGUGCCUUGUGUAAGAAGGUUCAUGACUAA